GCGGGUCUCGAAAUUUCCACUAUAGACCGCCCGAGUAUAAAUAGGGCCACUGAAUUUCUCUUCGGCACAAUUGAAAUCAAGCAAUCAAAGCAAACACAUCGUGAAGCGAAAGCUAAGCAAGAAGAAGGCAACCAAGCGAAAAAAAAUAUUUAAACCAAAGCGUUUACAUCCACAAGUGAAAUAAUUAAAUAAAAUAAAGCUAAAAAGUACAACGUUGAAAAAGAAUUGAACUUCAGCAACACAAAGUUUCGUUUAACUGUUUGAAGAAAAGUAAAGUAAAGAAGCAAGGAAAACCAAAAUGCCUGCUAUUGGUAUUGACUUGGGCACCACGUACUCCUGCGUGGGUGUUUACCAGCACGGAAAGGUGGAGAUUAUUGCCAACGACCAAGGCAACCGCACUACGCCCAGCUAUGUGGCAUUCACAGACUCUGAGCGCCUCAUCGGCGACGCGGCCAAGAACCAGGUGGCAAUGAAUCCAAAGAACACAGUUUUCGAUGCGAAGCGAUUGAUUGGCCGCAAAUAUGACGACCCCAAAAUUGUGGAGGACAUCAAGCACUGGCCAUUUAAGGUAAUCAGCGAAGGUGGAAAGCCGAAGAUUGGUGUCGAGUUUAAGGGCGAACAGAAAAGGUUUGCACCGGAAGAGAUCAGCUCCAUGGUACUCACGAAGAUGAAGGAGACAGCAGAGGCGUAUCUGGGACAGACCAUCACAGACGCCGUUAUCACAGUUCCCGCCUACUUCAAUGAUUCCCAGCGCCAGGCCACCAAAGAUGCAGGCCACAUUGCCGGCCUGAAUGUCCUGCGAAUUAUCAAUGAACCGACGGCUGCAGCUCUCGCCUACGGCCUCGAUAAGAACCUCAAGGGAGAGCGAAAUGUGUUGAUAUUUGAUCUUGGCGGUGGCACCUUCGAUGUCUCCAUACUAACCAUCGACGAGGGCUCGCUAUUUGAGGUGCGAGCUACUGCCGGCGACACUCAUCUGGGUGGCGAAGACUUUGACAACCGCCUGGUGACCCAUUUGGCCGACGAGUUCAAGCGCAAGUACAAGAAGGAUCUGCGCUCCAAUCCACGUGCACUGCGACGUCUGCGAACAGCAGCUGAGCGUGCGAAGCGGACGCUUUCGUCCAGCACUGAGGCUACCAUUGAAAUAGAUGCAUUGUUCGAGGGCCAGGACUUUUACACGAAGGUGAGCCGCGCCCGCUUCGAGGAGUUGUGCGCCGACCUCUUCCGCCAGACACUGGCACCAGUGGAGAAAGCGCUGAACGACGCCAAGAUGGACAAGCAGCAAAUUCACGAUAUUGUGCUGGUCGGUGGCUCCACACGCAUUCCUAAGGUUCAGAGCCUUUUGCAGCAAUUCUUCUGCGGAAAGAGUCUGAACCUGUCUAUCAACCCCGACGAGGCUGUGGCUUACGGAGCCGCAGUGCAGGCUGCCAUUCUUAGCGGCGACCAGAGUGGCAAGAUCCAGGACGUGCUGCUUGUGGACGUGGCGCCACUAUCUUUGGGCAUUGAAACCGCCGGUGGCGUAAUGACGAAGUUGAUUGAACGAAACUGCCGCAUACCUUGCAAGCAGACCAAGACCUUCUCCACGUAUGCGGACAACCAGCCUGGUGUCUCCAUUCAGGUGUACGAGGGCGAGCGUGCCAUGACGCGCGACAACAACGCACUGGGCACAUUCGACCUCUCCGGAAUUCCGCCAGCGCCUCGUGGCGUGCCCCAAAUCGAGGUCACCUUUGAUAUGGACGCCAACGGCAUCCUGAAUGUGACGGCCAAGGAGAUGAGUACAGGCAAGGCGAAGAACAUCACGAUCAAGAACGACAAGGGUCGUCUGUCGCAGGCGGAGAUCGACCGCAUGGUGAACGAAGCCGAGCGCUACGCCGAGGAGGAUGAGAAACACCGCCAGCGCAUAGCGGCACGCAACAGUCUGGAAAGCUAUGUCUUUGGCGUGAAGCAGGCUGCGGAACAAGCCAGUGCAGACAAACUCAGCGAGAGCGACAAAUCCUCGUUGCUGGAGAAGUGCAACGAGACCAUAAAAUGGUUGGAUACGAACACCACCGCCGAGAAGGACGAGUUCGAGUACAGGCUCAAGGAGCUGACACAGCAUUGCUCGCCCAUAAUGACCAAAAUGCAUCAGGCGGGUGGUCAGCCGAACGCUGCCAACUGCGGUCAACAGUCGGGAGGUUUCGGGGGAGCCAGCUACAAUGGUCCUACUGUGGAGGAGGUGGACUAAGCGAGCUGUCAUACAGUUCUAGGGGCGGGGGGUUAGCUUUCAAGUAUAGUCGUAGCACAUAAAAUUAAGUAUUACAAUUUAUUUAUGUAUUUUACGUUGAGACUGAUUAAGAUGUUUGUUUCGCCAAACUAAAUUUAUAAUUUAAUGGAAACGUAUCUAAAAACGAAAUUG